GACUUUAAGAAAUUGCACAAAGAACUCUGGCAGAUUCAUAAACACUUAUUCAGGCAUACAGAAUUGUUUCCUCCUUUUGCUAAAGCAAUAGUGUUUGGGCGAUUUGAUGAAAGUGUGAUUGAAGAAAGAAGGCAAUGUGCAGAAGAUUUGCUGCAGUUUUCUGCCAAUAUCCCAGCACUCUAUAAUAGCAAGCAGCUUGAAGAUUUCUUUAAGGAUGGAGAGGUGCACGAUGGGUCUGAAUUGAUUGGACCUGCAGAACCUCUGUGGGAUUCCUUGACUGACAGUGUGUCUGUCUGCAGUUCUGAAGCCCGCAAAGAUGUCAGUGGCAUUGACGACCUAACGCUUAGCCAAUCAGAAUGUGGAGGUUUCUCCAGCGACAGCGACCUGGUCUCUUUGACUGUUGAUGUGGACUCUCUUGCUGAGUUAGAUGAUGGAAUGGCAUCUAAUCAGAAUUCGCCAUCUUUUGCCCUCAGCUGUGCUGCUGACCCUUCAGCACAAGCCUCCGCUGCUUCGGAUCAUGAGUGGAGCAAACCCGAUGGUGAGAGGGAGAGCCGUGGCCUGUUUACUGGGAGCUUGAAGGCCAAACUUGGCAGACGAGACUACCUGGAGAAAGCUGGGGAGCUGAUCAAAUUGGCUUUGAAGAAGGAGGAAGAGGAAGAUUAUGAAGCAGCUUAUGGCUUUUAUAGGAAAGGGGUUGAUCUGCUCUUGGAAGGCGUUCAAGGGGAGUCGAGUCCAACCCGUCGUGAAGCAGUGAAGAGAAAGACCUCAGAAUAUCUGAUGAGAGCAGAAAAAAUUUCCAGCCUUUAUUGUAGACCCUCAUCAGAAGAUGGAUCAAUUUGUGGGCCUCCAGGAUCACUAAGUUCAAGGCCCUCUUGGAACCUAAGGAGCCCUGCCGAGGAACUGAAGGCCUUUAGAGUCCUUGGGGUGAUUGACAAGGUAUUGCUAGUAAUGGACACUAGAACACAGCAGACAUUUAUACUGAAGGGUCUAAGGAAAAGUAGUGAGUACAGCAGGAAGAGAAAGACCAUCAUCCCCCGCUGCGUGCCCAACAUGGUGGCUCUGCACAAGUACAUCAUCUCGGAGGAAUCGGUAUUCCUUGUGCUACGCCACGCGGAAGGUGGCAAGCUCUGGUCUUACAUCAGUAAAUUCUUGAACAGGAGCCCUGAAGAAAGCUUUGAUGCUGCUAAAUCCAGACGAUCCAGCUCCACCAAGAUUCAUUUGCAUCAGGCAACUCCUAGUCCUCAAGACAAUGGUAGUAGCAUUGACUCCAGAGGAAGCAGUGGAGGGAAUAUGCUGCAGGUUGUGCCGCUGAAGACCAGUCUCACCCCAAGUUCCCAAGAUGGUAGUAGUAACCUGGAAGAUGGCCAGGAAAGUUCUCCCAAAUGGAUUGAUUCUGGGUCCAGUUCAGACGAAGAAUGUACUACAAGUUAUCUAACGUUAUGCAAUGAAUAUGGUCAAGAAAAGGUCGAUCCUGGUUCAUUAAACGAGGAGCCUAUGAAAACAGACGAUGAUCUCCUUACUAAAGAGCAAGGAGGCUUUCUAGAACAGGAAGUGGUUGCCAGUGGGAACUUGGGAUCCCCAUUCACAUCUCAGGAAGUAAAGCUUUUUGCUGAUGAUGCUGAGCCAGAAAUAACCAGUCCUACUAGGAUAUCAGAAUCACUGAGUAAAUCCAAGAAUAGCCCCAUGGAAUUCUUCCGAAUCGACAGCAAAGACAGCACCAGUGAACUUCUGGGUCUUGACUUCGGAGAUAAACACUACAGCUUAAAACCAGAAUCUUUAAAGCAGUUUUUCCCCAUGCCUAGUUGGGAUAGGAGUCUUGAUGCCACAGAAAACAAACUGGUCCCUACAUCUCAGGAUAACAUCAGCAGAGGUUCCAAUGACUCUGUGCCAGUGAUCUCUUUUAAGGAUGUUGCAUUCGAUGAUGUAAGUAGCAUUGAUGAAGGGAGGCCUGACCUUUUGGUAAACUUGCCGGGCAUCACUGAGCAAAUGACAGAAGCAACAGCAGGUGGGCCAGUGAACCUUACCAAGCCAAAUGGAGAAGUUUUGGAAAGUAAACUUUUGGAAACCCCUGAUGUCUUGCAAUUACAUAAUAGUACAGACCCAUGCAGAGGACUUGAACAAAAGGUAAACUCUUUGGUGGAAGAAGGCCCAGAAGCACAGUGCAGUGAUACUGGGGAAGUUAUCAGGGCAUUUCAGAUGUCUGAAAGUAACCCAGCUGGCUCUGGGGACGGGGCACUUUUUGAAGGGCACGGAGCAGCAUUUUCAUCACUAGAGGCAUGUAGGACAAAAGAAAGUCUGUUGAUUUCUAACAAGCAAGCCAGUGCUGAGGAGCAGACCUUUGAUGUGGACAAGGAAGCCGUGCUGCUCUUUUCUGAUCAAACUGAAGACGUGAGCCACGAGGGAACGGCCCCUGCUUUGUUGAAUAGAAUAGAAAGCAAAGAGUUGGGUGUGAGGGGCAGAGGCGAGAAUGAGAUCCACCAAAUUUUUCAGGACCUCGAUGAAAGAUUAGCACUAACCUCCCAGUUUUACCUCCCCGAGGGCUGUGUUCAGAGAUGGGCAGCUGAAAUGGUGGUAGCCCUCGAUGCUUUGCAUCAAGAAGGAAUUGUGUGCCGCGAUUUGAACCCAAACAACAUCUUAUUGAAUGAUCGAGGACACAUUCAGCUAACGUAUUUUAGCAGGUGGAGUGAGGUUGAAGAUUCCUGUGACAACGAUGCCAUAGAGAAAAUGUACUGUGCCCCAGAAGUUGGAGCUGUCUUUGAAGAAUCAGAAGCAUGUGAUUGGUGGAGUCUGGGUGCCCUUCUCUUUGAACUCCUUACAGGGAAGACUCUGGUGGAGUGCCAUCCGGCAGGAAUCAAUACUCACACUACCUUGAACGUGCCAGAUCACAUAUCAGAAGAGGCAAGAUCACUCCUUCAGCAGCUUUUGCAGUUUAAUGCGGUGGAGCGUCUUGGCGCUGGAGUUGCUGGAGUUGAAGAAAUCAAAUCUCAUCCCUUUUUUGUCUCUCUUGAUUGGUCAGAGCUAAUAAAGUGAGUGGUCUCAGCAAGUCAUCUGCCCACGUUUGGGCCUUUUGAGAGACACUGUUCCUGGCUUGCCAACAUUUUAAACAGUGGCCGAGGCCUCAG